UCUGUCGUAAGAUAAAUUAAAGCUAACUUUCUGAAAAAGUGUAUGUCCUGAGAGUAAUGUAACAGUAGCCUAAUGAGGAAACAGGUCAAGGAGGCGCUGGUAAAUGGCUUGACAUUAAACAGGUGUUGGCUACAACAUGUGUUAUGCGUCAACCUGCACGCGGAUGCCAGUGUAACAAAAGGUCAUGAAACAUACCAGCCUGACAUCCCACAAACAGGCACUGCACACAAUAGCUUAGUUACAGCUAUAAAUCGACGUGCGAAUACGUCCUAAAAUAAUGUUCAGUAAUACAAAGGGUCGUACAAAAGAAGUGAAGUGGGGCAAUGGAAGUGAGCACAGAUGAAUACCUCUAUUCAUGCCGGGCUGCUGGAAAGCGAAACAAGUUCCUCUGGACUUUUUCUAUUUAAGGGAAGUUUGUCCUUGCUGAAAUGCCAGCAUCUGCUCAUUUGCAAGUCGCCCAGAAUCGGAGAGACUAAUGCCAAGAUGAAGGUUUUUGUUUUCAGUAUCGUCUGUGCUUUUCUGCAAGUCAGUCAUCAAAAUCCAAGGAGCCAAUGGACUCUGCUGCCGCACAUUUUGGUUGUGGAGGUGGAUGGCACGUGGGGUCAGCUGAACCUGAGCUGCCUGCAGCAGCCAGAGGAGCUUAUGAGGGGCGACAACAAGAAUGAGGAUAUCUUUUGGAGAAAGGAUGGAGAGGAGGAAGAACAGAGAGGAAACACAUAUCUGCUGGAGCUGGAGGAAAGCCUAGGAGGUGGAAACUACACCUGUCACAGCAAGGAUGGAUCACUCCUUAAUCACACGUUGGUCCUGAUCCAAGAGGACAAAACUAACAGGAGAGAAGCUGACUUGGAGUGCUCCGCUAACAAUUACAGCGGAGAGUUCCUCUGCUUUUGGACCGGGCACAGCAGUCGCGUUGGCAAAGUAGCAUUUAUGAAAGUUCGACGCAUUUUUGACAACUAUGACACCCAAUGUUCUGUGGAUAAAAGCGGUCGGCGUUGGACGUGCACUUCAGGUCAGAGUAACUUCAGUUGUUCAGUGGACGACAGUGAAGGCACAAUCUUGUGCCUGGACGAGCAGCAUUGCCCCUACGCCGAGGAGAGCCAGCAUAUCUACAUCACUGUUUACAUAAGGAUGAAGUAUUUCCUGGUGGAGAACUACUCCAAACACUUUUACCUGUCAGAGAUCGUGAAACCUGACAAGGUAAAUAUCACAAAAGUCAACUGUACGACAAUAGAGUGGAGUUACCCGAGCUCAUGGAACAGUCCCUACUCCUACUUCCCUCUCACUUUCCAAAUUUCACAGCUCAGGCAGGCAUGCAAAAGAUGUGAGAACCCAUGCAUCCAUUCCAAAUCCACUAAGACCUUAACAAUCAACUCUACAUCUGACAUUUGUCAGUUUAAAGUCAAGCGCAAGGCAAAGGCCGUCUGUGUCCGCUCUCAGGAUGCGCUCUGUAACUCACAAUGGAGCGAGUGGAGCCUUAUUAGAUUGAGUCGACACAGGAAGAACAAAAAGAACAAACCUCAGCAAAAGAAAAACUGAGCUUAGCAGAAAAAUUAGAAUCCCCAAACUGGACAUCACGUUAAAUGUUAUUUAUAUGCUUUUAUACAUUUAUACUUAUAUUAUAUCAUGUACUUUGUGUUAUGUAACUUUUUAAUGAUGGGAGAAAAGUAAAAUUAUAUUUAACACAAUGUUUUUUGUUUCCUGUUCAAUGCAAGACACCUCACGUGUCCUUUUGGUAAAUAUUGGAUUUUCCUUUUUUUCACAGUUGCAAUCAGCAGCUUCAUUUGUGUCCCAGCCAUAAUUAGAAUAAGUGAUGUUUAGACUUGAAUGGAAACAUUGUCAAAGUCUUUAUUGAAACUUUUUACAAUGUUUACACAGUAUCAUUGUCGUAAUAACGAGGCCGGUGUUUUACACUCUGAACUCUUCACCCUAUACCUUUUUAGUAGAGUACAGAAACCUCAACAAUUGUUUCUAUUUGACUAAUAAAUAAAAGGUUUGGAUGUCAUCAG